CCACGUCAUCUUAUCGUAAUAUCGAAAUCAGCUCAGCAAUUUUGGUAUUUUCCUCUCUAAGCCCCCAACUCUCUCUCUCUCUCUAAAUUCUCUGUUUCUCCCGGACCUGUCAGAGAAAAUCCUCAAUCCACAAUCCAUGUACAGCUAUAAUCUUGGAUAGAAGGAAUAAUUAAGUCUAAUUUUCCUGGAAAAUCAUUUAAUUUUCCUGGGAAGUUAGAGAAGUUUUUACGGAAAUGGACGACACUUUCUUCGAUCUGAUGGAGUUUUGGAAGAAACCCUCGAUCACCGAAAUAUUCGUCGACAUUUUGCUUUGUGCAGUGCCUAUAUGGCUCGCCGUCAUGAUCGGCCUCGUCAUUGGCUGGUCUUGGCGGCCCAGGUGGACUGGCUUGGUUUUCCUCGGCUUUCGCAGCAAGUUCAGGUUCUUGUGGACGGCGCCGCCGGGGUUUGGAGCUCGACGGCUUUGGUUGGCUUUUACGGCUCUCUCGGCUUUCUCUGUUUGCCGCACCAUUUGGUCCAAUUUCAGGGGUAGGAAUGGAAAAUCCGCAGCGACGGCUGCCACACCGGCUUCAACGCUGCCGGCCUUAGCGAGAAACUCUGGGGAGGGAAGCGGUGAUUCUAUUAGCUCCCAUGGUGAACCUGUGGAGGGAGAGGAAAUUGUCACAGAGAAUGAUUUAGAGCACCUGUUGCUUCUUCUUGAAGGUAAGGAUGGACAAAUGGAAUGGCAGUCUAUGAUGGAAAGGUCUACCUCAAACAUGUCAUAUCAAGCUUGGCGCCUUGAACCUCAGACAGGUCCUACUGUAUACCGUAGUAGAACUGUCUUUGAGGAUGCAACUGCAGAACUGGUUCGAGAUUUUUUCUGGGAUGAUGAGUUUCGACUUAAAUGGGAUCCAAUGCUUGCGUACUUCAAAAUAUUAGAGGAAUUCCCUCAUACAGGAACAAUGAUUGUUCACUGGAUAAAAAAGUUUCCGUUUUUCUGCAGUGAUCGAGAGUAUAUCAUUGGUAGAAGAAUAUGGGAGGCUGGGAAGACAUAUUAUUGUGUGACAAAGGGGGUUCCAUAUCCUGGCCUGCCCAAGCGUGACAAACCAAGGCGUGUGGAACAUUAUUUCUCGAGUUGGGUUAUCAGGGCUGUGGAAUCUCGCAAGGGUGAUGGACAGAUGUCUGCAUGUGAAGUUAUCCUUUUGCAUUAUGAGGACAUGGGAAUACCCAAAGAUGUGGCUAAGUUGGGAGUGCGUCAUGGUAUGUGGGGAACUGUCAAGAAGUUGCAUUCUGGCAUGAGAGCAUAUCAGAAUUCUAGGAAAACAGAGGCUUCAUUGUCGAGAAGCGCACUCAUGGCAAGGAUCACAACGAAAAUUUCUUUUGAUGAAAGCACAGAUUCUGCAGAGCCUGUUAGCCGGGAAGAGGAUAAAGGUCAAGUGGUAGACAUAAAAAGACACAUGGAUCAUGGCAUUGACUGGAAAUGGAUAGUCAUAGGAGGAACAGUAGCUCUGGUGUGUGGACUUCAUUCUGGUGCAAUUGGGAAGGCCUUGUUACUUGGUGCAGGGCAAAGAAUUGCACGGAGAUGAGAGUUUUCUAGUCAAGGACAUUUUACCCCUAUCUGAUUUUUAAGGACUAGUUAAAUUUUUACUCAACCAGUUGAGGUAUCAAUUAUCAUUAUCAAAAGAUCAAUGACGUUUUAUUAAAUUUUCUAUGUUGGCACUGAUUUUUUAUCAUUUUAUCUCAUCUGUUUGUGAUUGCAAA